AUGUCUGGAGCUUCUGGAAGGAACGUCUAUGAAGACGGCUAUCCCAAUUAUCCCAAAGCCCCGCCAGCACCACCUCAAGGCCUGGAAAGUGGUUAUCAAGCAUUGUUCGCUGUCAUCCAGAAUACACCGCAUCUCGAUCGGCAGCUCAAUUUCUAUGGUGCUGUAGGCUUCAUCGUCGACCCCGGAGCGGAGCUAGCCGAUGGCGAGCAGUUACCGAACGAAUGGUUCAGUGCCAGGGGUGUGCAGCGUCAAGACCUUGAUCGGAGCGUUGCAGUAAGAUUACCCGCCGAUCCGUACAUGCAUGUCUGGUUUCACUCUUGGCACAACUUGGAUACAAAUGCGCAAUGGCCUCCUAAAUUCAACCAAAUUGGCUCUCGAGGAUUUACGCUCUUGUGUUAUGAUGUAGAGCGGGAACUCAAGCGCAUCAAGCAUCAAUUUCCUGGCACACCGGUGCUCCAGAAGCCGAUACGUAUCAAUCGAAAAUGGGGUCCCACAAUUUCAGCCUUGAUUCGCGACCCGGAAGACAACUUUGUUGAGAUUCUGAGUAUCGAUGGGGAUGCAUUCGACGAGAAGAAGGUCGUGCCACCCGGAUCUAACGACAAGGGUUUCCUUCACUUUCAACUCAAUGCUGGGCACAAAUUUGAGCAGCUUGGUACUUUCUAUCACGGCUUCGAAAUGUAUCACGACCACGGAGUUGACUACCGACCCCGCGUUGGGUUUCCACAAGGCUAUCAGCAUUUUCUUGACCAGAUGAAGGAUGCUUUCAACUUCGAACCACCAAAGGAUGAUCUCAAGCGUGUUGAUUUCUUACGCAAUGAUCGCGACUGCAGCCAUAUGCACCUCGAGAUACUAGAGACUAUACCUGAGAAGAACAAAGAUCCCGGACUGGACCCCACAUGGAGUCAAAAAGGCAUUGUACGCUACUGCAUUAAGUCUCCAGACUAUUCAGAGUCUGUGCGGACGAUAAAGCUAUGGCAGAAGAUUGCUGGUACCAAGAUCUAUGUGGAAGACCAGCGGGGCUGUCUCAACUGGGGUGAUUCCCAAUGGAUUUUCUAUGGGGAUAUUGAUGGCAACAUCCUGACUGCGUAA